CCUCGGGCUCCUCCUCCGCCCGCCUCCUGCCCCCGCCCCGGCGCCUUCCCAGGCUGCUCUCCGGGUAAACAGCGAUGGCGGCCGAGGAGCGAGGCGGAGAGCCCCGAGAUAACAUGGGGAACCACCUCCAGCUUGUGCCCGAGAGCGAGGAAGAGGAUGACAAUGAAAUGGAAGUGGAAGACCAAGAUAGUAAAGAAGCUGAGAAGCCAAACAUCAUUAAUUUUGAUACCAGCUUGCCCACAUCACAUAUGUACCUGGGCUCGGACAUGGAGGAGUUCCACGGGAGGACGGUGCACGAUGACGACAGCUGCCAGGUGAUCCCCGUGCUGCCCCGGGUGAUGGUGAUGCUGAUCCCCGGCCAGACGCUGCCGCUGCAGCUCUUCCGCCCCCAAGAGGUUAGCAUGGUGCGGAAUUUAAUUCAGAAAGACAGAACCUUUGCUGUCCUUGCAUACAGUAAUGCACAUGAGAGGGAAGCACAUUUUGGAACGACAGCAGAAAUCUAUGCCUACAGAGAGGAGCAGGAAUACGGAGUUGAAACAGUCAAGGUGAAAGCAAUAGGAAGACAGAGGUUCAAGGUGCUUGAAAUACGAACACAGUCAGAUGGGAUCCAGCAGGCUAAAGUGCAAAUCCUGCCUGAGCGGGUGCUGCCUCCCACCAUGGCAGCAGUGCAGCUGCAGUCUCUCAGCAGGUGCCACGUGAUUCCCUCCUCCAAACCCAACUCCUGGCAGGACAGAGCCAUCAGGCAGUGGUGGCAGAAGUACCAAAAGAGGAAGUUCCACUGUGCAAGUUUGACAUCUUGGCCCCCCUGGCUCUACUCUCUUUAUGAUGCCGAAACCUUGAUGGAAAGAGUGAAGAGGCAGCUCCAUGAGUGGGAUGAAAACCUUAAAGAUGAAUCUCUUCCAUCAAACCCAGUAGAUUUUUCUUACAGAGUUGCUGCCUGCCUGCCCAUUGAUGAUGCUUUACGUAUCCAGUUGCUCAAAAUAGGCAGUGCUGUGCAGAGGCUCCGCUGUGAGCUGGAUAUCAUGAACAAAUGUACAUCUCUCUGUUGUAAGCAAUGCCAAGACACAGAAAUAACUACCAAGAAUGAAAUAUUCAGCUUAUCCCUGUGUGGUCCCAUGGCAGCCUAUGUGAAUCCCCACGGAUACAUCCAUGAAACCCUCACUGUAUAUAAAGCCUGCAACCUGAGUCUCAGUGGACGGCCCUCCACAGAGCACAGCUGGUUCCCUGGGUACGCCUGGACCAUAGCCCAGUGCAGGAUCUGCGGGAGCCACAUGGGCUGGAAGUUCACAGCCACCAGGAAGGAGCUGUCCCCUCCCAAGUUCUGGGGGCUGACGCGCUCGGCGCUGCUGCCCCGCAUUCCCGAGGGGGACGGGGAGGACUCGGAGCGCGGCCGCUCGCCGCUGCUGUGCCUGUGACGCCCCCGGCGCUCCUGCUCUGUGCUGCUCCCAAGCUUCCUCAGCCCAGGAACCCCAGGAACCACGCUCCCUUCCCCAGGGAACCAGGCUCGCCCAGCUCCCUGCUCUGUUCUUCGGGAACUCCGCACUGUUCUUGGAGAGGGGGUGCCAGGAGACUCCAGGAAUGAAGAUCCACGUGGGACACCAGGAAAUGUCUGAUCCACGUGGACACACUUGAGACUGGACUUGUGUAAUUCCCACUUGCAGUGAAGGAAGGGGGAUGGAAACUAAAAUCCAGCUAAAACCCCAACCAGCAGAGUGGGAUUUCUGCAGUAUUCCUGGGAUGGUAGAUAGCAGUUCCCUGCUGUGGAGUAUUUGCCAUAACACACGUGGUUUGCCGAGAAUCCGUUUCUAACGCUGUGGAGCCCUUCAGGUUUGCUGCUUGUGCUGUUUCUCAGCUUCCUGCUGAAUAACCAUGGAAGAGAGAAGCAGCCUGAGAGUUUCUGAGUGCUGGAAUGUGCAAAAGCUGGGAUUGCAGCUGCCUCCCAGGAUGGAACCCUUGGGGAAGUGUCUGUUCCUUGCAAGUUGUCUCAUCUGUUUAGUCCAUUUGACUUUAGAAGUCUUGAACUGUUGAUAGGAAGUGCACAGGUCAGUCCCAGAAGGUAAACAGCAUUGUCAUGUUCUCUUCAGUGUGCUUCAAUGACUUCCCCAAAUUGUUCCUGGUUAAUUUACCAGUGGAGGUAUCCAGGGGUUUGGGAAGGACUCACUAAGGUGAUUUUUUUAGUAGUCCUUGUUGUGACAAAGGGAAGCAAAAAUCUCUUCUAAUUAUUUUGUUUUAACUUUCACAUCAUAGAGGAAAAUUUCACAUUAUCACCUUAUAAAGAGCCAAGGUUUCCAAAUAAAACAUAAAUAAAGGCAGUGCUUUUUUGCGGGGAGGUUUCUUGGUAGAUUCUUGGUUUGGUUUUUAUUUUGUCUGUGCUCACUGGGGCAGCUUUUGCCACUGAUUUAUUGGAUUUUUUUUCCUCUCAGAAUGCACUUUGGUGAUGGCAAUGGAGAUUUUUUUUCAAUGUUUAUGCACAUAAACACUUGUUUUUCUUCUGAAGCUUUUAUCAUUUACUCUUAAUUUCUUCACAGUGAUGUAAAAUUAGUCAAGUUCAAGACAUGAGCCACUGGUUGCUUGUUCUGUGCCAGGCUCCAGGCAGGUUUAGCAGGGACAGAUCACUUCAGCUGAGGGCCAGGGCCAAGCCUGGCACACCAGGAGCUGAUUUCCAUGGCAGUGUGGGACCUCCAGCUGGAAAAAACACCCCAAACCAUGGAUUUCUCCUGGCUCUUUGUCAUGCCAGGUAUGUAGAGAUUAAUUGUGUAAAUCGGGUUUAGUCCUUUGAAACUUUCUGCAUCUCUGCUGCUUCUGUUCUUAGACACCUCCUUUAAUUCCAUGCUCAGUUCCAAUAUGCAGUGAGCUGUGAAAAGCAAAAUUUGGGAUGUGGCUCUGAGCAAACACAGGAUGAUGGCGGCUCAUUUUCAUCCAGAAAACAUUCUGGAUGUUGCUAAUGAUUCGUUAUAAGCUUGGAAAGCCAAGCACUGGUGUGAGAGGGGGACUCUGAAUGCUCUGUGUUUGUGAAUCCACUGGAACCAGGGCCUGGCUUUCCCCCACCUCUGCACACACAAGACAUCCAGGCUGCACAUUUAUUCCUUUAUUGGCUAUUUUGUUUCUUUUUCCCUCAAAGUCCCUCCUGUCUCUUGUUCCUGUGACCCUCAGUGGGGCUUGGUGUGAGCAUUCACUGGCUGCUGGGCAAGGGGAAUUUCAAAAGGAUUUUCUCAGCUGGCACUGAACUUCUAAACGUUCAGUUCUUUGGGGUUUUUGGCGGAGUCUUUGGGAUUCUCAAUGAAAAAUGGCAAUGUUUGAAUCCAGAAUAAGCAUAUUUUUGAUGUUUUGUGUAUAUAGUCAAAUGUAACCUAAUAUAAUUGAGGUAAGUCCAGCAGUAAAUUAACACUAAUUAAAUUUUAUUGUUGAUGAUGCUGUUCCAUGUGCUUAACCUGUGUAGCGUUUGCUCAGAGGGAUGAGAUCCUUAACUCCGCAUGUAGAAAAAGGCAGGGAAACACCGAAAACAGAGAAAAGGUUAAGGCGGCAGCCGUCGCUUGCGGAUCCCAUCUCCCGGGCUGGGGAAAGCCCGCGCAGAGCCCUGAGGGAGCGGCGCCGCAGCCGCCGGCUGUGGGGAGGAGCCGGGAGCAGGAACUGUGCUCCGCUUCCUGCCGGCCGCAGAGCUCCGUGUUCCGCAGGGAGCUGCCGACCCACCCGUGCCCGGUGCCCGGGGCUUUCUGGAGCAUAAAACUCACCCGGGCAGAGCCACCG